AUGACCCCUUGGCGGGGAAGACGGCUCUUCACCCCGUCAAAAGAUUUAUGUGGUGGUGUGCAAAGUAAGCUGACAUAUAAUCAAAGAAAGAUUGUAUGUGGUGGUGUGGAAAGUAAGCUGACAUAUAAUCAAAUAAAGAUUGUAUGUGGUGGUGUGGAAAGUAAGCUGACAUAUAAUCAAAGAAAGAUUGUAUGUGGUGGUGGUGUGGAAAGUAAGCUGACAUAUAAUCAAAGAAAGAUUGUAUGUGGUGGUGUGAAAAAUCAACUGACAUAUAAUCAAAAAAAGAUUGUAUGUGGUAGUGUGGAAAGUCAACUGACAUAUAAUCAAAUAAAGAUUGUAUGUGGUGGUGUUGAAAGUAAGCUGACAUAUAAUCAAAGAAAGAUUGUAUGUGGUGGUGUGAAAAGUCAACUGACAUAUAAUCAAAAAAAGAUUGUGUGUGGUGGUGUGAAAAGUCAACUGACAUAUAAUCAAAGAAAGAUUGUAUGUGGUAGUGUGGAAAGUCAACUGACAUAUAAUCAAAUAAAGAUUGUAUGUGGUGGUUUGGAAAGUAAGUUGACAUAUAAUCAAAGAAAGAUUGUAUGUGGUGGUGUGGAAAGUCAUCUGACAUAUAAUCAAAUAAAGAUUGUAUGUGGUGGUGUGGAAAGUAAGCUGACAUAUAAUCAAAUAAAGAUUGUAUGUGGUAGUGUGGAAAGUAAGCUGACAUAUAAUCAAAUACAGAUUGUAUGUGGUGGUGUGAAAAGUCAACUGACAUAUAAUCAAAGAAAGAUUGUAUGUGGUCGUGUGGAAAGUCAACUGACAUAUAAUCAAAUAAAGAUUGUAUGUGGUGGUGUGGAAAGUAAGCUGACAUAUAAUCAAAGAAAGAUUGUAUGUGGUGGUGGUGUGGAAAGUCAGCUGACAUAUAAUCAAAGAAAGAUUGUAUGUGGUGGUGGUGUGAAAAGUCAGCUGACAUAUAAUCAAAGAAAGAUUGUAUGUGCUGGUGUGGAAAAUCAACGGAUGUAUAAUCGAAGAAUAUGUGUAUGUGGUGGUGUGGAAAGUUAUCUGACAUAUAAUCAAAGAUUAUGUGUAUGUGGUGGUGUGGGAAGUCUUCUGACAUAUGACUAA